AUGGCAGACACCAACAACUUGUUACGCUUCCUGACGGCCGAGGCAAAACUGCCCUUGGCUGCUGCCAUCGCACAAGCUACUGGCCUUCAGAAGGCGAAUCUAGUAACCAUCGAGGAUCUUGCCAAAACCGACUUUGAUACUCUAAAAGCAGCCUCCGCCACCGAAAAAGCUGCAAAGGCUACCCUGGCUGCUGCGAAACGCGUUUCGAUUAAGCGUAAGAGAGGUCUUCCUGAGACUUCUAAUCCAGUUUCAUCGAAACGUUCCAGAAUCGACCCCGCCGAGAUCCAAUCUCCUGCUGAUGUUGAAGCUGCCCUUCUCCUUCCUACGUCUAACCUCACAGAAGAAGAUCUUGAAGGCAUUGUGCUUACGACAAACCGUGCUCCGCUACUACUGGCCUUCGCUACCACCCUAGUCAAGCAUACAAUGCCCGAACAACCUCCAUCCUCGUGCCUCAGCCUUGCACAAGCUGUCACGUCUCUCAAUGCACAAGCUAAAGCUGCCAACAUCGGCCUUGGAAGUACUGCAUCUGCCGAAAAGGAGGGCUGGGGCCAGGGACAGUCUCUAGUCAAAGUCAUGACCAGAGACGUCCGCGUCUUAAGAAGGUGGGGCUAUGAAUGGAAAGCAGAUCCGAAAAACACCACCAAAGACAUCAAACCAGAAGAUCCCGAUCAGAAACCUUCCAGCAUCAGUCACAACGACCCAUCGUCAUCAGAGGGUUUGCCUGCGUUAUUAGCACUAGAUCUCGAACAACUCAAGCGUUUGGAUAGCCCGCCAAUCGUCUCGGCGUCUGCAAGCACAGCUGGUCUUCCGGUAUACCAUGCAGAUUCUGCUCGCAACUACAUCCUGAAAGCAUUUGAUUCUAAGAGACCAGCGGCUGAGAUUGCUGCAGAGCGUGAGACGAACCUGGGACACCUGGUCAAGGCCUUAGAUUCGUUGUUCGAAUCCUGGUCUGUUGUUCUCAGCCCAGAUGAUCUGGACAAGCGUGCUUGGAACUGGUAUGUCAAGGUGCGGCCGCAAGUUGAAGCUGGUCGAGCUGGGUGGGGAGCAAAAGGUCAGCUCAAGCUCAAGGACAUUCUGGAUCUAAGGCGACCGAAAUGA